ACAGCACGCUCCGCGCUUUGCUUGGCCAAACCAAUUCACAUCGAAGAACAUCCGCAGAUGAAAUGCAUUUGCCUCCAGCGACCCAUUUUCUCCUUUCGCUAAACCUCAAUGUCCUUCUCCGUUAAUGUCACUGGAAGAACGGGCACUGAUGUGACACAGUGGAUCACGCGCUUUCACAUUUAUCAGCUCGGACAAUAUUGUCGCAUAAUGAUGCGCUUCUUUUGAUGUCUGCGAAGCUGUCUGAACACGAAUAUAUUUGUCAGUAAGUCUGCUUUCCAGUGGUGCACAUUCGAUUUCCUGUCUACAUACCACCAACUCUCUUCAGUCUGUCUUGAUAGAGGAAAUUGGAUAAGGAUGGAACCAGAGCAGCAAAUUCAAAGCCAGUGCAAGACUAAUGAUCUGGCAUCAUCUGCACAACCAAAAGGACCAGCAGAUCCAUCCUCCACAUCUUCUCCUGCCCCUUCUACACCACCGACGGCUCCAGCCAGGCCACGCCGGCCCCAAAGGAGCCCACGAGUGGAAGGAUCUAUUGACGUAUCGGAGCCCAAACCUCCAGAAUCUCCUGAAGCGCAGCAGCUGAGCAGCCAUGCUGAAGCGACCAAGCCCAACAGCUCCAAUCAGCCCUCAGAACUCAGUGUUGAUCAUGGACCUCCACGUUUGGCUGGACAGAAGCUUUCAGGACACGCUGCAGUGUCUCGGAGCCACAUUGCAAUGAGGGCCGCCUCGCUUCCUCAGACCCCGUCUUACAGACCACCACUAACUGAUCCCACCCUGCACCCGCAGAGGGCCCUGUCUGUCGCUGGCACCACCGACACUCAGACGCAGGUGGUGGAGGAUUUCAGGGUGCACAUUAUCACGUGGAACGUGGGCUCAGCCAUGCCUCCUGACGACCUCACUUCAUUACUGGGGCUGAAUGUUGGUGAUGGGAACACAGACAUGUAUAUUAUAGGCUUACAGGAAGUGAACUCUAUGAUCAACAAACGACUGAAAGAUGUUCUUUUCACUGACCAGUGGAGCGAGGUCUGCAUGGACGCUCUCAGCCCCUUUGGAUAUGUACUGGCCACAUCUCAGAGGAUGCAGGGAAUGCUGCUGCUGGUCUUCUCCAAGUACUUUCACCUGCCGUUCCUGAGAGGCAUUCAAACACAGAGCACUCGCACCGGCCUCGGCGGGAUCUGGGGAAAUAAAGGAGGCGUCAGCGCUCGCAUGAAUGUGUUCGGCCAUUCAAUCUGUUUCUUGAACUGUCAUCUGCCCGCACACAUGGAGAACUCAGACCAGCGCAUGGAGGACUUCGAAAGCAUCCUGCAGCAGCAGCAGUUCGAAGGACUCUCUUUCUCUCUCUCACACAGUAUGGUUUUCUGGUUUGGAGACCUGAACUUCCGAAUCGACGACCUGGAUAUGCAAGUUGUGAAAGCAGCCAUUGACAGUAACAAACUGUCCACAUUAUGGGAAAAAGACCAGCUGAAUAUGGCUAAAGACAGUGAGACUGUGCUCGAAGGCUUUCACGAGGGCCCGAUUAAAUUCCCUCCUACGUAUAAGUUUGAUGUGGGUACAGACACGUAUGAUACCAGUGGUAAGAAGCGUAAGCCAGCAUGGACUGAUCGCAUACUUUGGCGGUUGAGGCCGAUGGCUCAGGUCAGCAACAGCAUGUCGAGGCGCAGCUCGUUGUCAGGUCUAACCAGCGGAACCUGUGUGUCACAGCAUUUUUACCGCAGUCACAUGGAGUACACCGUCAGUGACCACAAGCCCGUCUCCUCUAUUUUCACUCUGCAGUUCCCAUAUAAGGUGGACAUGCCUUUGGUAACACUCUUUGUGGAGGAUGAAUGGAGAGAGAUAUCAGAUGCAGUGGCCAAUUUCAAGGCGGCACCCAACUUUCCUCGAAGCUCUUGGGACUGGAUUGGACUUUACAAGGUUGGGUUUAAACAUCAUAAAGACUAUGCGAGUUACGUUUGGGCCAAGCAGGAAGAGUCUGAUUUCCUGAGACAGGAGCACCAAGUGAUUUUUACCGAGGAAGAAUUGCCAAAGGAUUCAGGGGACUUCAUACUGGGUUAUUAUAGCAACAAUAUGAGCUCCAUUGUGGGCGUCACCGAGCCAUUCCAGAUUCAACUGCCAGCAUCCACCGCAGCUGGUCUGAGUCCGUCUGACAGCUCCGACUUCACGUCUGACGAUGAGCUGAAGAAGAGCGACUCCUGUGACUCCUGCCCUGAGACUGAAGAGCAGCAGAGCAGCAGCUGGAGCUCCAGACGAGCCGAAGGGCCGACGGCAAACCCUGACGAACCGUACUCCAAAGACACCUCUGCACCUUCCAGCUCCAGCAGGUCCUCAGAUGCCCCCGCCGCCGCUGCGGAUGACAGCUCUAACUCAGGAAAAGAUGCAACCAAGCCAGAGGAACCUUAGCUAAGCACAGCACCUUCUCUGGAGGAAGAUAUCAGCUCGAGGCCGGGGUCGCCGGUUUCUGCUGGGUCUGUGAUGUCGUUGUACAUUUACUGUCCUGUGAUGUUGUUUGGAGAUGUUGUCUUAUAUGUUGCAGGGCAGAAAUAAGCGUUCCCUCCAGCAAACACAAGAGGGCAGACUAAAUUGUUUGUGCCUGUUCUGUGUAGUCAUUCUAUUCAUAUUCUUCUUCUCCUAAACCUGAAACACUAAGAAAUAAUCUUAUAUAUACAUGCACAAUAUUAAUUGAUUCAUAUCGAUUUUUUUCAGAAUCAACCAGGGUUUGGUGCACAAUAGAACAACAGCAAUUCUGGUUCUUACUGGAUUUAUUGGAGCAGAUCCUCUUUACAUUUUCUAGUGCUCUGUUCCGAACUCUAGUUGAGCAUCGUAAGCUAUGUUUCUGUCCAAAGUUGCAAA